UGCUGAGAGAAGAGACUGACACUGGUCGGGCGAUCCAUCACCUUUACGCUCAACCCGAUGGAUCUGUUUUUAUUGCCGUAGAGAAGCUGGUCAUGGAAUCGGUGUCUUUGGAUAGAAAAUGAGUUCAAUGCGCAAACUGGACUCAUCUCGAUUUUAACACUGAAGAACUUUUCUGGUUGGGAUUUGUUCUUACACUGAAGCAGUGGCCUGAACACGGGACAUCACAAUGAGUAACAUCUACGAGUCAGCUGCCACCACGCUGGGUCUCUUCAACAGCCCAUGUCUGACAAAAGUGGAGCUCCGUGUGGCCUGCAAAGGAGUAUCUGACAGGGAUGCUCUGUCCAAACCCGAUCCAUGCGUAGUCCUCAAGAUGCAGUCCCACGGGCAAUGGUUUGAGGUGGACCGGACGGAGGUGAUUCGCAGCAGCAUCGUUCCGGUUUUCUCCAAGGUCUUCACAGUGGAUUACUACUUUGAGGAAGUGCAGAGGCUCCGCUUUGAGUUGCAUGACAUCAGCAGCAGCCAUAAUGGACUCAAAGAGGCGGACUUUCUGGGUGCCAUGGAGUGCACGCUCGGACAGAUCGUAUCGCAGAGGAAACUCUUGAAAGCUUUACUGAAGCAAGGAAACACAACGGGAAAAUCAUCUAUCACAGUGACAGCGGAAGAGUUGUCUGGAAAUGAUGACUAUGUGGAGUUAGCGUUCAGUGCCAAGAAACUGGAUGACAAGGACUUUUUUAGCAAGUCAGAUCCAUUUCUGGAAAUCUUCAGAGUAAAUGACGAUGGCACAGCGUCACUGGUGCACAGAACAGAGACUAUAAUGAACGAUCUCAAUCCUGUCUGGAAAUCAUUCAAAGUUUCAUUGAACACACUCUGCAGUGGAGACCAUGAGCGAGAGCUGAGGUGUACAGUAUGGGACUGGGAUUCAAAUGGCAAACACGACUUCAUAGGGGAAUUUCAAACCACCUUCAAAGAGAUGAAGUCAGCCAUGGAUGGGAAGCAGAUGCAGUGGGAGUGUAUCAAUCCUAAGUACCAGGUGAAGAAGAAGAACUACAGAAAUUCUGGGAUGGUGAUUCUUACCUUGUGCAAGAUCAUAAAGAUGCACUCUUUUCUGGAUUAUAUUAUGGGAGGUUGUCAAAUUCAGUUUACAGUGGCAAUUGAUUUCACCGCUUCAAAUGGCGACCCUCGAAACAGCUGCUCCCUCCACUACAUCCACCCAUACCAGCCAAAUGAGUACCUGAAAGCUCUUAUUGCGGUGGGAGAGAUCUGCCAAGACUACGACAGUGACAAAAUGUUUCCAGCGUUUGGCUUCGGAGCACAAAUCCCUCCGGACUUCAAAGUUUCUCAUGAUUUUGCAGUAAAUUUCGAUGAGGACAACCCAGAAUGUGCCGGAAUUCAAGCCGUGGUUGACGCUUACCAGAACUGCUUGCCAAAAAUCCAGCUGUAUGGUCCGACUAAUAUCGCUCCCAUCAUUCAGAAGGUUGCCAACUCUGCCUCUGAGGAGAUGCACACCAAAGAGGCCAUGGAAUAUUUUAUACUGCUGAUCUUGACAGAUGGAGUGAUCACAGAUAUGGCAGACACAAGAGAGGCCAUCGUCCACGCCUCCCACCUGCCCAUGUCUGUCAUCAUCGUCGGCGUGGGCAAUGCGGAUUUCAGCGACAUGCAGAUGCUGGAUGGGGAUGAUGGAAUACUCCGCUCACCUAAAGGAGAACCGGUCCUGAGGGACAUUGUUCAGUUCGUGCCAUUCCACAACUUCAAACAUGCCUCUCCCGCGGCAUUGGCGAAAAGUGUUCUGGCCGAGGUUCCCAAUCAAGUUGUGGAUUAUUACAAUGGAAAAGGCAUCAAGCCCAAAUGCAUGUCAGACUUUGAAUCUUCCAGGGCUUUCAGUCCCUGAGCAACGCACAGCCAUAGAAGAUCUUCGGAGGCUCGGGAGAGUCGGCUCCUUUUUCAAAGGCUUAAGACAACUUCAUUGAUCAUUUCUUUGCUUGCAGCAAAGGUAUUGACAAGCUGGUCUGUCCUUGGUUUUUUCACAGUAGGUUUUAACAUAGCCUUCAGCAAAAUAUCCUUUUUUCUUAUACAAUUAUUAAAGGAACAGUUCACCCAACAAUAGAUAAAGAUAUUUGGAAGAAUACUUGUAACCAAACAGUUCUUGGACCCUAUUGACUGCCAUAGUAGGAAGAAUGAAAAUGGGAGUCAAAAGUGCCCAUUUUGUUUGCUUUCCUACAUUCUUCAAAAUAUCUUCUUUUGUGUUCAACAGAACUAAUACAUUUAAAAAGCAAAUUUUCCUACUAUCGUAGUCAAUGGUAGCCAACAACUUUUUGGUUGUAAGCAUUUUUCCAAAUAUCUUUCUCUGUGUUCAUCAGAACGAAGAAAUUGAUACAGAUUCGGAAGUUGAAGGUGAGUUAUUUAAGAAUGUUCAUGUUUGGGUGAAUUGUUCCUUUAUCGUAAUUUAAAACCCCUUAAUGACGUUAAGAUUUUUUUUCAUUUAAACCUUCAAACCAACUAAUCUGCCAGCACCUUUUGAUCUGACUUCACAUGCUCUGUGUACAUAAGAGAGAAGAAUUGAAACAUGCAACAGUGGAUAGUCUUCCUUUAGAUUCCGACAUGCAAUUGUUAGAGCUUAUUUGUUUUUCCCUUAUUACUGGUAUUUUAUCCGACCUGCUGUACAAGGGCUAUACGUCCAAUAUAGCGUAAUAUUGAAAUAUGUGAUAGUUUAGGAAGCAAGUGGUUUGGUUAUUGGCCUGCAUGACCAAUGCUCAGUCCUUUCUGAUCCAAAGUGCAACCAUCUUAUUAAUGCUUUAUUUAUUUUCAAACUUAUUUAUGAUGUGAGGCCUUUACAACUGCAUACAGUAUGUUCCAUGCAUUUAAGUGUAUUGUAUAUAAUCCUGUUAACAAAAUACUUGUAUUUAUUUGAAAGCAUGUUACAUGGACUCCUUUUUGUGAAUACAAAAUUGAAUUUUUUUCUACAGGUUUCAUGACAUUUGUUUAAUGAGACUUCUUAGCAUAAACUGCAAAAUCUUUCAGAUGUUUGGAAAUUGUAGGCGUGUUUUUCUGGUGGUGUAUUAGACAUUUAACUUUCCUCUCAUAUUCUCUUUGGAGUGUGUGUAUGGGUGAUUGAAAAUUUGUGUGUGCUUGCUAACAACAGAAACCAGGACUGUAUUUCGCAUGUUUCCAAUAAAGAAAGUUUUCCCAA